AUGCUUGUAUUUGGUAGUUACUUAAUUAUUGUGGACGGCGUUGUCAUGGGCUUUUUUCCUCAUCAUAUUUUAACUAUAUUGAGUUGGAAAGCAGAUAAUGAUACUUUUGUUCGUAUGACUGGUUUACUUGCUGCUAUUCUUCGUGCUAAUCAUUUACUCAUGAAUUUACUUCUACUUGCAUUUGGUGAUGCAAUGGCAGCGACUUGGACAUUUGUUGCACUUAGAAAAGAUCAACAAGAAAAUGAAAAUAAACAGAAGAAUUCAAAUAAAAAGAACUAA